AUGGCUGCACGGCAUCCAAUUCCCAUCACGUUAAAUUCGUGUCCCAGUGCUGCAAGUUGCAUUUGGUGUAUUUAUUUGAUUAUAUCCAUAGUGUUUAUUAAAGAUUAUGAAUGCAAAGUGACAUUGGCUAAGCGAAAGAAGCAUCAUGAAGAGUACGACAAUCGGGCAUGGCGCCCCGCUCUACCCUUCAUAGGGGCUUCGUACUCUUACAAUCUGAUGGGGCAGGGUGGGGGCCACAGAGACUGGGAUAGCACUCAGUUUCAGGAUAAAGCGUUAGAUAAUGUUUUCAAGAUGGGGCGGAAGCGUGAAGAGUUGGGCACGCUGUGGAGUGGAGAUACUGUAUUACAAGAAGAAUGGCAUCCCCAUUGGCAGUUGCAAGUCUCGCUUAUCGCCCUUGUUUGUGGUUUAGCACUCUUUCUUGUGGUUCUGAUCUGGUUGAAGAAUCAAAUGUCCUCAUCAUCUUCGACAGGAAGUGAUAAAGUAGAGAUUGGAGACGAAAGUUUGUCACAUUCCGAGGGUCAGUGGAUCUAUCAUCCAGUGAUCAAACCAGUGACUACGGAGCAGUGUGAGAUUCUGCCCAUCAUUCCUCAUCCGCCGCAUGCUACCCGUGCCAUUUUGCCUGAAGUAAUGACUGCUCAUAAUUUAACCGAGGAGAAAAAAGAGCCGAUUAGGAUCAAGGCGAAGGGGCUUCUAGAACGGAGGGGCUCUAGUGCCAGCUUGACUAUUGACCUUCUACACCCGAGUCAAGAGAACCUGAGUGUUACUCCCACCCGAGAGUGCACUGCUGAAGAGUAUUUGCUGUCAGUUGGCAACGUACUGAGUCGAGGACAGCUGAGGAACUGUUUGAAAGACGCAAGAGCUCUGCACAAGGAGUUCUGGGAUCUUCCAUUGAACCAUCCGGAGAAGAUAGAGAUAACCGGCAGUAGUGCCAAAAAUAGGUAUCGGACAAUCAUACCCAAUGAGAACACAAGAGUUCAUCUACCAUUGGAACCACCCAGUGAUCCUCUCUCUGGGUACAUCAACGCCAAUUACAUUAGGGGUUACGAUGGGGAGGAGAAGGCAUUCAUAGCCACUCAAGGUCCGUUGACCAACACGGUGGUUGACUUCUGGCGGAUGGUGUGGAGCGAACACUCUCCCGUCAUUGUGAUGAUCACCAAGUUGAUGGAGAAGUCACGCUCCAAGUGCGAGCUGUACUUCCCCAUCGACCCCGGCGCAACGGAGACCUAUGGCGACAUAUCUGUCACCGUGUCCUCCAUCAUUGUCAAGGAUGGAUAUGUCAUCCGUCAUUUUAUUAUGCAGAAAGAAGACGAAACCCAACGAGUAACACAUUUCUGGUUUGACUCGUGGCCUGACCACAAAACUCCUGCCAAUGCUCACUCUCUGCUCUGCCUGGCUAAGGAUGUUGAGUCGUACAGGUUCAGAGACACUCAGAGAGGAAGUACCUCUUCCUGGCCACACUCGCCUAAACCUGUCAAGUCUGAUGGUACAAAGCAUGAAACUGAUUUGCUUUCACCCUGUCCAGAAGCAGCAAGUCCUCAGUCCUUAAAGGAAACCAGUCCUGUUCUCAACUUUGGCCGGCUGGAAUUUAAAGAAGAUGAACCUGAGAAAGAAUUGCGAAGUAGUCCUAAGAGUGGUGAUGAAAAUCUUAUUCUUUUGGCUCAAGAAGAUGUAACUGAGCCUGUCCAGAUAUCAUUGAAGCCUACUGUUGAAGCUCUUAAUCUGGAAAUUUUUAAGGAAGUAGAUGAAGCCGCUUAUAAGAUUGUACCGGUUUUACCUGCAGAUAAAUUGAACAGUCCUACAUUUUAUGACAGGUCGUUGUAUUCUAAUGACGAUGUUUUUCAAGUAGGGUCUCUUCCACAAAAGAGUCCCAUUCAGUCCCGGGUUCAGUUAGAAAACAUACGUUCGAGAUCGGUGGAAGCACCUUCGAGUGGAUCCUUGAAGUCGGAUUCGAGUCAAGAAAAAAAAUCCGCCCCUGGGGAGAUUUUCGAUUUUGAAAAACUGACAAUCUGGCAAGACACUAAUACGAUAUCUACAGAUGAACUGACUUCCUCCGAAGAGAGAAAAAAGUCUUCGGAUAUCAGUGAAAAUUUACCUGAAAGCUUUGAGAAAAAAUUCAAAGGAAUCGGUUGUACGUCAAGUCCCAAUUGGGCUUCGGAAGCGAGUCCUAAUCUUACUCAGAGUUUUGACAAAAGCACAUCUAAGCUGUCUGUUGACAGUCUUAGCUGGGGAGGGUUAGAUAUAAUGAGCCCUAACUUUUCAGAAAAAAGUCCAAACAGGACUCAGUCUUCAAUAGAGAGCCCAGUGACUCACAGCUCUAGUGAUAGCAAACGCUGGCCUAGGAGCUCAGACAGCAGCAAGCAGUGGACACGCAGCUCGCAAGGCAGCUCCGGCUGGGCGCAGAGCUCGGAGGAUAGUCCUCGGUGGUUUGAGAAAGACGAAGAGUCGCACAUACGAACACCAAGAGAUUGGUUUGACAAGAGUCCGCUGUUGAGCAGGCGGUCGCGUGAAGGCUCGGUGAGUUUCCUGUGGAACGAGGUGCCUGCUGCGAGGGGCCCGGCCGCUGGUCCUGUCAUAGUCCACUGCAGUGCUGGCAUCGGACGGACAGGCUGCUUCAUAGCUAUCUGUGUGGGUGUCAACCAGCUGCUGGGUGAAAACAAUGUUGAUAUACUGGGAAUCGUCUGCCGGAUGAGAUAUGACCGUGGUGGCAUGGUGCAGACAGCAGAGCAGUAUGAGUUUAUACACAGAGCUCUGGCAUUGUUUGAGCGAUCUCUGCCAGACCAGUCAGGUGAGUGAACCUACUCUGCUGCGGUAUGAGAGUAGAACCCCCGGGCCGCAGCAGCGCCCUCCGCACCACCGCAUUACGUCAUGUGGAUACUUCAUUUAUCAAAUGCUAUUACGUUUCACAAAGGCUAUUUGACUUUUUAAAGUUAAAUUCUCCUUUGUUAGCGUAGCGCAAUAGUAGCGAGUCUUACAGGGUGUGACUCGAUGGAAUCGUUGGGAUGUUUCCGUUACCUCUGACUGUCUAGUUACCUUGGUUCUUGCCUCACGUGACGUAAAUGUCUGCGUACAUACGGACACGUAUGUAUUUUGUAACUGAUUGAAAACUGAUGACGCUUAUAAUAAUAAAACUCGUAGACUGUUAAGUGUGUAAAUAUGAUGUAUUGAUUUUGGCAGUUUGACACAAGUUAAAUAUUAUUUAUCUUAGACGUUGUAUUAUGUAUAUUCUAAAAUAUGUUUUGUAAUUAAUAUUUUUAUAUGUAAAAUUUACAUAGUUAUUGUUUUGUACUGUUUUGUUUCCUUUUGUUUUAGUUCAAUGUGACAUUUAUUUUCUAGUUAAGUUUAUUUGGUUAGCUUGCUUAUUUACCUGGAAGUAUCUUCUAUUAUGGAUGUCAACUGGUUUAUUUUCCAUCCUCU